UAAAUGUCAAUAAGAGAAGAAAAAGAAAACAAAACUUCAAAACUUGGUUUAAAAGUGGUUUAAAAAUCAAAAUCAUGUUCCAUUAUCAUGUUGAAAACCAAUUAUAAACAUUAAAAAACUAAUUGACAGGCAUUUCCGAUCAUAUGUUUUAAACGUAAUCUGUUAUUUAGAAUGAUAGAAGACGAAAAAAAGCAAAAGGCUGAGGAAAUUCUGAAAUCUUUUCAAGUUAAUUGGAUUUGUUUACGUGACGCUGAUACAGGCAAAGUAUUUUGGCAGGGUACUCAAGAUAUAAGCCUACCGGACAUUGAACAUGAAGCUCAAGUACCUAAAAACAUCCUCAAAUGUCGUGCAGUAUCUAGAGAGUUUAGUUUUAGUUCCAAAGAACAGAUCGAAAACUUUCGUUUGGAACAAAAAGUACUAUUUAAAGGAAGGUGUCUCGAAGAAUGGUACUUUGAAUUUGGUUUUGUUAUGCCAGAGUCAACAAACACAUGGCAAUCUCUCAUGGAAGGGGCCCCCGAAUCACAGAUGAUGCCAGCCUCAGUGUUAAAUGGAAAUGUAGUAAUCGAAACUAAAUUUUUUGAUGAAGAUCUUCAUAUCUGUACAUCGAAAGUUAGACUUUAUUAUGUUUGACAAUAAAACCUGGUACCAACUUUAAAAAUGUAUUAA